CCAGGCUCACGGUGCAGCCCAUCCGGCCCGGCACCCGGCGGGCCCGGGGCGGGGACGCGGACUACCCGCGAGCCGGCCCGCCCCCAGCCCCAGCGACCUCUCGGCCCCAGGCGUCUGCGACGUGGGGAAGAAGGGCGACGCCCCCGGCCCGCCCCGUCGGAGUCUGCCUCCGCCUCCGCCACCGCUCCGCCAGGCAGUGGGAGUGCGGGGGCCCGGCGAGGGGCGGCGACACGGACGCUGGAGGCAGAAGGUGGGGAGGGGACCCGAGGGCGCGGGAACGCGGGAGGGGCGGCGGCGGCGGCGGGAUCGCCGGGACAGGCUGAGCUGGGAACGCGAGAAAGAGAGCGACGCGGUGACUGGUGAACAACUGAGAGACUGACACCAAAGAAGGGAUCUGAAGGGACAGAGGCGAUGGCACAGAGGACGAGGGGGUCCGGGGGUAUAGAUCGGGAAGAAGGGCGGGACGUGGAGCAGAGAGCAGCAGGUUUGGAGGAUCGCUCUGCGCCCUGCUUACAGGUAGAGUUCCUCGAGCUCGCAAAAGUAGUUCUGGAAGUCCCUAACCCUUGGUUUCAAGUCACUAGGACCAACCCCCAUGCCAGCCUGGCCUAGAAAAAGGAUGACCCCAGCACCAGGAAGCUGAGCGAGGUCAGUGAGAGAGGUCACCCUAAACCGAGCAGCCCACCUGCCGUUUCCAUUCCCAGGAAGUGGGUACCAGUGCUGAAAGGAAGGCACCCCAACACUGACGGAUCCUGCAGCAGGCUGGGGAUUGGCCCAGCCCCCUCCAGGCUGGGCCUGAGUCACUCCCCAGGCGGAAGAGCUGGGAAAGACUGUGCAGAGCCCACAGUCACAAGGGACAUACUCAGGCUACAGGAUCCUCCUACCCACACCCCAACCAAACAGACUUUUCUCAGAGGACAGCUACCCCACCCACAACUCCAUCACUCCUGCCUGGGAGGCUGGACACCUAGCCUGGCUUUGAUGCCGGGAUCUCAGCCUAAGCUCAUCAUCCUUCAAGGGCAACAGUAUCCCUCUCUGAGUCCCAGGACCCUUGGAAGACAGAAGUAGAGUUCUGCAAGAGAGUGUGUCUAGACCCUCAUCCCAUCUGUACGUAAGGAAAAUGAGCAACUGACCCCAGAGAAUCCCAGGGAAUCCCAUCACUUCCAAGUCUCCAUGGCCGACGAGGGGACCAUCCUCAGGAUCAGCAGGAACCUGAAAAAUGCCAUCUCUGCCAUCCUCCAGGGAUAUGAGGAUGGACAGGGGCCAGUGACAGAUACCAGCGCUGAGCUCCACAGACUCUGUGGCUGCCUGGAGCUGCUACUGCAGUUUGACCAGAAAGAGCAGAGGAGCUUUCUGGGGGCUCGGAAGGAUUACUGGGACUUCCUGUUCACUGCCCUUCGACGGCAGCGGGGAUAUACGGAGCAGAUGAGCUUCAUAUGCUCACAGGACAAGCUGAAGACCUCGCUAGGAAGAGGCCGCGCCUUCAUCCGACUCUGCCUUGCCCGUGGCCAGCUGGCUGAGUCGAUGCAGCUGUGCCUCCUGAACCCACAACUCACCAGGGAAUGGUAUGGCCCUCGGAGCCCUCUGUUGUGCCCUGAGCUCCAGGAAGACAUCUUGGACUCUCUCUAUGCCCUCAAUGGAGUUGCCUUCAACCUGGAUCUGCAGCGGCCAGACCUGGACGAAGCCUGGCCCAUGUUCUCAGAAUCCCGCUGUUCCAGUCCCAGCCGGACCCGGGAAAGAAGACCCAGAAAACCCAAAGGUUUUCCAGAGGAGGUGAGAUGCUCCAAGGGAAAUCAGCUGCAGGAACCAGAUGCUGGAGGAGCCAGCUGUCUGCAAGAUGCGACCAAAGAAGACCGCCCAGCUGACCUCCAUACCUCCUUGCAGCACAGCCACCUUCCCACCCAUCUGGAAGAGAAGAGGGAGGAUCCCAGAAGCCUCAGUUGUCCCCAGAGCAUUUGGGAAACAGAAAGAGAAGGAUCUCAGCAAGAGCAGAAGGAGGGAGGCCCAAAAACCAGGAAAUUCCUGGAAGACUCAACAGCCAGCAUCCAACAACAGAGGGGCAGGGCUACGGAUGUUCAAAUGCAGCUGACAGGAAGGAAAGAUGAAGGAAAAGGAAGCCUGUCAGGGACAGAAGAUCAGAGAACAAGAGAAGGGAUCCAGAAAAGGGCAGGAGACUGGGACCAUGACCAGGGGCUGCUGGCCCCCAGCCUUCAGGGACCAGAAGAAGAUGCAGAGUUAGGAUACAGGCAUGGGUGGGAUCAGUCUGGUGUUCUCGGGCAAUCCUGGGUCCUGGGAUCAAAGAAAGGUUCCACCACAGAGAAGCCACAAGAGUGGACAGGAGUGUCCAAUGUAACCAUGCAGGAGGAUAGAGCAGAAGUGUCUUUGCAGCAGAAAGUGAUCAAGGACCCUAGAUAUGGGCUCCAACUGGCAGAGUGUCAGGAGCAGCUGCGGGCAAAGGAAAGAGAACUGCGGACGCUCCAGGAGCAGCUCAACAGGUGUCAGGAAGAAAGAACCCUGUUGCAAGCGAUGCUGGAGCAGAAGCAGCAGGAGGCUGAGAGGAGGGGUGCCAUGUAUCAGAAGGAGCUUGAAGGGCAGAGGGACCUGGUCCAGGCCAUGAAAAGGAGGGUGUUGGAACUGAUUCGUGAGAAGGACCUCCAAUGGCAGAGACUCCAGCAGCUGUCUACUGUGGCCCCUGGACACUGCACGGGCUGCAACAAGGUCUUCAGGCGCCUAUCUCGGCGGUAUCCCUGCAGGCUCUGUGGAGGCCUGGUUUGCCAUGCCUGCUCUGUAGACUACAAGAAGAGAGAGCGUUGCUGCCCAGCCUGUGGCCAGCAGGAAGAAAUCCAGGUCACCUGACCAAGAUCAGCCACCCCCACCAGUUUACUCUCUCCAUGUCUCUUUCCAACCCUGACGUCUGACUACGCUUUUCUUCUGGGAGCUGGUGAGCUGGGGCCUCAGCACUGCUGUGGAGGGCCAGAAGGAACAGCUGGCCGUCCACAGAUAGGCCCUAGCUCUGCCUUUCCUGUGGAAGGGGAGAAGGGGAACACACCACACCACAGCUCUAGAAGAAGCAUGUCUGAUGAGGAAGGCAUACUAUGCCCUCUUUGUAAAGUCCCUUGAAACACAGUGAGUCGUGACCAUGAACAAGAGCAGCCCAGGGCCCAGCUGUUUCCUAUCCACACUUCCCCCUCCCCCAUUGCCCACAAGAAGCCUAAAUACACUGGGCUCUUCAGAAACCUCCCCUCUGAUCUCCUUCAGGGAUCAUUGUCUUAUCCUGUGUUUCACAGAUUGACUGAGGUGUUGCUGACAUAUAAUAAACAUUGUUUAAGUAU